AUUUAUUUACCGACCCUCAUACCAUUACUUUAUAAAUAAGUGCGUUGAAUUAUUGUCCCACGUCAGAUAGCGUUUGUAAUACAUGCUACAUAGUUCGGAAAAGAUACUUUACUACGAGUAGACAUGGCAUUUAGCUGGAUACACUCUAUCGUGGUUGUCGUAGUGCUCACCUAUCAAGUGUCAUUUAUUGACGGGUGUUCGUGCGAGUGGCCGGAGCCAAACAAUGCAAUCUGUACUUCAGACGUGGCUAUCAACGCUACGGUAAACUCUAUCUCCUACCCGGAGGGAGUGAACGAUGUCACAUACCCUGUCCGCUACCAUCUCAAUGUUCACAAAGUUAUUAAUAAAGCAGGUGAUGCCGGUGUCCCAAAUGUCGUUGACUCAUAUUUACCAGGUAGUAUGUGUGGACUACCUCUGACUGAAGGCGCAACAUAUGUUCUUGCAGGAUCUGUUUCCCAAAGCUCAUAUGACGUCAACGACUUGGCGUUAGAUAUGGAUUUAUGUAAUUUGCAUAUGUACGUUGGUGGUGGCAGUUUUGGAUCAUACCAUGAUUUGAUCGACGACAUUGUUGAGCAGAUAGACUGCUCAAAUCCACCACUGUAUAAUAACGAAGGUGAUGAAUCUUUCGAAGAGUGGACAAAAAGAAAUCAGCGAGAGCCAUCCCCUAGACACAAUGCAAAACUGAAUUCUUUACGGGAACUCGGAAUAAUGAGUGACAGAAAUAACCUGAAUGUAUAAGUGGAACAUUAACAAAGAAUGCGACAAGCUGUAUACUAUAAAGUAUAGUUUACUGUGGACAAAAAGCGAGCAAGUACUAUGCUGAAACAUGUUUUGACGUCAUUACUGUACUAUUUUUACAUUGUGGCUUUUUCGCUUCAAUUGUUUUGCCAAGUGUCUUAUAUAUUUCAUACGUUGCAAUGAA